CGGAGCCCAGGCGCAGCGCAGCAGAGGCCAGGGGCGGCACGAAUCGCCGUCGCCUCCGUCGUCCGCCUCCUCCAAGCAAACGGAACUGAAAAAGCCCAAGCCCCGACGCCGCCACCCGGCCUCUCCACCAUCCGCCGCUCGCCUCCCUUUCCUCCCGUCUCCUCCUCGUCACCCUCCGCGCCGCUCCACCCUCUCCCCGUCUCCUCCCCGCUACAUGGGAGCGCGGGCUCCCUAGGUUGUCCCCGCCGCCGCCGCCAUGUUCGAGGGGGUGGUGAGCCAGGUGCUCGCCGGCCUCCUCCGCCGCUACGUCAAGGGCAUCCAGAAGGAGCAGCUUAAGAUCGGCUUCUGGAACGAAGAAAUACUGUUGGAAAAUGUAGAGCUGAUUCUGGAAGCCUUUGACUACCUGCAGCUGCCAUUCGCGCUGAAGAGCGGACGAAUUGGGAAGCUAAGCAUCAGGAUUCCAUGGAAAAAGCUUGGAUGGGAUCCUAUUAUUAUUGUCAUAGAAGACGUCUUUGUUUGUGCAUGCCCGCGGGAGGAUUCUGAGUGGAGCUCUGAUUCUCUGGAUAAGAGAGAACUAGCUGGAAAGUUGGCUAAACUUAAUGCCAUUGAGCUCGCUAAAUUUUCCAGAAGAGUUACAGAUAACCAAACGGGGCAGUCAUUUUUGUCAUAUAUAUCAGCAAAGAUACUGGACAAUAUCCAAGUUUCUAUGCAAAAUUUUCAUAUUGUAUACAUGGAUACCCACAACAAUCAAGGGAACUUUGUAUUUGGUUUGGAAUUCUCCAGUCUCUCAAUACAAACAGAUACUCAGAAGCAAAGUUUUACCAUGUCAUUGAUGGCUAGGUCAAGACAGGAUGAAGUCAAUAAGAUAAUAGAGAUAUCAGAUGUUGGAAUUUACUGUCAUCAGCUAGAAAAACAGCAGGACCCAUGCAGUGUUGGUGCUCUUGGAAAUGGCCAUUCAAGAGAUGAUUAUCUUGUAAAUCCAUUUUCUGUUACUGUAUCUGUGCUUGCUAACAAAGCUGCAAAGCUUGAUGGUGCCCCUCAGUAUGAUAUGACUGUAGAGCUUACUGCAUUGGCCCUAUCAGUUGAUGAAAUCCAGCUCAAGCAAAUCUUAAGUCUUUGUGAUUACUUCACUAUCUGUGCUUUGCGAACAAAAUAUGGUCGUUACCGUCCAUCUCAAAGAUCUUUAUCUAAGAGGUGUAAAGGUUGGCAGAGAAUGUGGUGGCAGUAUGCUCAGAAUUCCGUAUUAGCAGAUGUUCGCAGAAGACUGAAGAAAACUUCAUGGCGUUAUUUGAAGCAGCGACUAAAUUAUCGCAUAGGAUACGUCAAAUUGUACCGAAUGAAAUUGGAGCUUCUGCAGAAAGGACAGAUUGUUAGUAAAGACAUUCUACAAGAGCUGGAAAAUAUGGACAAAGAAUGUGAUAUAGAUGACAUACUUAACUACAGAACAAUUGCAGAGCAACAACUGCAGGAAUCAUUGGUGAAAUCUACCAAAGAUACUUCUACUCCAGGAAGUCCUCGAACUGAGGAACAGUCAGCAGGGGCAAGCCGGGGAUGGCUAAACUGGCUCUCUCUUGGAAUGCUUGGUGCUGGUGGAACAGCUGACAGUAGCUCAUUUGCUGGUGUUAUUUCUGAAGACAUUAUUAAGGAUAUAUACGAGGGAACAGAAUUUCAUCCUGUUUCUUCUGCUGAAAAUUAUUUGACAAAAGAAAACUACUAUUCUUUGUUUGUUAGACUAUCUGUUUCUCAGAUAGUCACAACUGUCGCCUCCAGGCGGUUCGGGAUGAAGCUUGUAAAUACAGUGUUUGCUGGGCUUGGUAUGGAAUGUAAAAUAUGGGAUGAUUCAGCAACUGUACUUGCCUGGCUUGAUUCUCUUCAAAUUAUCAACCCGUUAAGCGAUAUGAAAAUCUUACUGGCUGAAAAGUGUAGCACUGCUGAUGGUCUCGGGGCACCUGUUAUCAGUAUCCAAGUUGAUUUUCCCAAGGCAAACCAAGGAUCAGAAGCUUCAACAAGAGUUGUUGUCCAGGAAUUCAGUGCCAUCUAUGAACCGGAAUUUUUUAUUAAUGUUCUACACGUCUACAAUCUGUUUUCUUCUUUCCAAUUUCAGCAUGAUAGGGUGCUUUCUUCUCUAAAUCAGUUCGAUAAUUUGGGAGCCAGACUUGUCUCAAAACUAAAGUACAUAUCUGCUAAUCGUAAAAGGCUUAUUUGGGAUUUGAGGAUUCACCACUUCGCCAUUAGGCUACCAUCACAGAAUUGUGAAAGGAAAGAACUUACCAUGGUUGUUGAGGCUGGAGAUGUAUUGGUUCAGUCCAAAGAUGUUGUUGAGGAUGUUUCUCGGACACAAGAAAGCAAUUCCUUUCUUGAUCACAUAUCAAAAAGUCUUCCUAGUUAUUUUUCUGAUGAUCUGUUACAUGGUAUCCAGUUGGAUGAGCUUUAUAGCCACUUUGAGGUUGGCCUUACUGGGUUUCAGGUGAAGGUAUUGCUGCCUGACGGACAUAGUGUUUCCUCCACACUGAUUAAACUUGAUGCUUCCAUUGCACUACGAUUAUGUGUGUUCCUAGAUGAACCAGUGCUAAAACAAUUGGAGGUGGGUUUUAUUGUGCCAUUUAUUGACAUAUACCUCUCUCAAGCAAUCUACAGUGCUAUUGUUAAUUUGCCUAGAGUGAAAGAAACUAACCUUGUGAGGAACAGUACGUCUGAUAAUGCCAAGACACAUGGACCCAAGAAAUUGGCCUUAAACAUGUGUGUCUCUCUCAAGCUAUCCAAGUUGGGUUUACAGGUUGACCUUGAUGGUAAUUAUGAGGAAAGUUCAGGUGUCAUUGUUGGCGUUGAAGACAUUGAUAUCAGGUAUGCUAUCUGUGAAUUGUCAGACCUCUCUCUCGCCAUGAAGACGGUCAAUAUUACUUCCAAUAAUCGGAAGGAUGAAUCAGAUUCACAUGUGUUAUGCUUGUCAGGAAACUUAACACGAUGCCCUGAAAAUUCUGUUGAAGCUUGCUUGAAUCUGCAUUACAGAACUCACAAGCAUGAUGGUCAAAUGCAUCAUGUGUACCAGCUAAAUUUAUGUGAUGUUGAUCUGCAUGUUAACCCAUCUGUUAUUGGCCAGAUACGGAUGUUUUUGAGAAAUCUUGAUUCAGGACCUUCAGCUGGCAGUGAUGUUGAAUCAGCAAUGAUUGGUCAGGGUUCCAUGAAAUCUGGAGCAGCUAAUGGCAUACUUCCCAGUUUUGUUGAAUCAGCAAUGAUUGGUCAGGGUUCCAUGGAGUCCGGAGUAGCUAAUGGCAUACUUCCCAAGUUUUCCUUGUCAAAUUUAUGUGGGGCAGAUGGUACACUAUUCGCAGGCGUUUCCAUUGAGCACUUUCCCUUUUUAGAUACAGGUUGCACAUAUGGAUAUAGUUUUGGAUGCUUAGGAACUCACGAUGUUCAAGCACAAGAAGGUUCAUUUUCGAAGAAUGGGCAGUGUCAUGAUUCUUCAGGUUUGAAUGGCUAUCAUGCAUCAGAUCUUGAGGGCAAUUCACUGUGUAUUACUCAGCAUUCAAACUGUUCAUCCACGUCAUCAAAUAACCCCAAGAAUGUCAGCAGAACUGUUCUGGAUCUAUCACUUGUUUCAGUCAGAGUACAUUUCCCUGAAUCACGUGGCACUUUAGCAACAAUUACCAUUCCUGAAUCUAUAGCAACACUCACUUUUUUUGACGCAAGCUCAUGGGACCUACUACUGUCUGCUAAUAAUUUGACUCUUGCUUCACCAUGGACUCCACCAAAUAUCCAUGAGCUACUCUUGGGCACAUCUUCACAUCAUAAUGCUAGCGUGCUCAACAUCCGAGUUCAAAAAGAAUUACCGUCAACCGAAGUAUGUGUUGGAAUUCAGAAUGUUUGCUGUGUAUUGCCAUCAAAGUUACUGGCUAUGUUUAUUGGAUUCUUUUUGUUGGAUGAUUGGAAUCCUAUAGCAGAACAGGAACACCCUGUGGCAGGUAACAAUCUUGAGUGCAUGGAAGAAUCACAUGACUGUAUAACAUACAAAUUUGAGAUUUGCGAUUGUGUUGUAAUUUUUCCUGUGGAAGAGCAAGAUUUUUUUUGUCUAAAGCUGGGAGUUCCACGCUUGUUUUGUGAGUUCAUUGCAACUGGAAGUUUUGUAGAAUUUGCAAAGCGUAUUCCCAAAGAACUCUUCAGUUCAGAAUGCAUAGUUUCCAGUAGAGUUGAUGUCAUCUGCAUAUAUGCAAGAAAUGCAUCUAUAUCACUUCUAUUUGUAAGCGAACAAACAAAUUUUAUGCUGAAGCUUGAUGAGAACGUUCCUAAGAGAAUCCAUUCUCUUAUUGAAAACCUUGAUGCUGGCAUAUGGAUUCAGGUUCCUUGCAAAGAAAUAUCAUGCUCCCAGCUUCCAACUUUGCCCACCUCAAUUAUCAGCAAAAUAUCACAAUGCAACUUGGUUGCUGAAGAUCUCUAUUUUGUGAAUGGGAUGGAGAUGGUUAUUGGUGUUGUUGACAAGUUAAUUUCGAUCGGCAAUGAAAGUAAAAUGUACAAUGGCAAUGCCUUGCAGUUUUUAGAACAUAGAAGUUUAAAUGAGGGCAACCCUGACCCUAACGAGCGUACCAAUAUCAUUAUUUCGAUCAAGGAUCUGAGGAUUUUCUUGGGUCACUUGAAAGAUAAAGAUUUGGCACCGGAGAGAAUUGCCACUGCAAACCUGGAGUUUGAUGUUUCUGCUUUACUAGUUUGUGAAAAACCAGAGCGCAUGAACUUUGAGAUUGUUUCUUUAGUCCUGCAGUCACCCGGUGGUUACUCUCUCAUGUCCAUUGUUUCUGAUGCGCCUUUAUCUCCUGUUUUCAUCAAGUUUACGAAGCACCAUGCUGGACAAGAUGAGAUAUUACUAAGUAUACCGCUUUUCGAGGUCUGGUUAUAUUUAGAGGAUUGGAAUACAAUUAUUAAUCAUUUCCAAUCAUAUGUAAACAAAAAGGUAGAAAGUUUGCCAAUGGAGCAUCCAGCUGCUUUGCCUCAAUUUCCAGAGAUGACAUCAUCACCUUUUAUUGCAUCCGAAUUUGGUUCACCAGAUGAUUCCAACUUAGUGGUAACAUGUGAAAGUAUUGCUGGUGUGGUUCAUAUACCUAUCUGGGAGAAAGAAAAUCACACAAGCAAUCACACGAGCGGGACUUCCGCUUCUUUUCCAAUGCAAGUGAGCACUCGUCAUGAGGCAGAUGAUAUUCAAUAUUGUGAACCAAAAGGCUGCAAGUUUGUCACCGUAAGUUUUGAGAGUAAACAUUUUGUGGUGAUGUCAGGUGAUAGCUGCAUGCACUUUAAAUGUGAUUUAGAGAGGAUGAAGAUAAUUCUGGAAAUGAUUCAAGAGAACAAGGGUACCUCUGUUCCAUUUCUGCAUAUAUCUAAGGUUAAAUCUUCUGGUUAUAUUCAUCAAUCAGAAAGGACUUUGCAACAUGUUUCUGUUGAUCUACAAGCUGAAUACAUGGAUGUUAGUUUUUCACACCAGAUAUUUAGCUUUUGGCGCAACAUGGAACUCAAAUUCCCUGCUGCAUCAUCUGCAUCCUCUUUUUAUUAUGUGACAUUCAAGGCAGGAUUAAGGAAAGGGUCUCUUCUGCUAAAUGAUGGAAGGUGGAGCAGUCAUGGACCGGUAAUAGAGACCUUAUUAAAGAAUUUAACUGUGCAAUUUACUCAAAUGAAGGAUCAGACAGAAGUUUCUGCUUUUGUUGACCUUCUAGUAAAUUACAACAACAUUGACAAGGUUAUGUGGGAACCUUUUAUAGAACCCUCAAGAUUUCAGUUGAGUAUGCGUAGAAAAUGUGUUGAUUGUGCACUGAAUAUAUCACCCAGUACUGAUGUGUGUUUAAGUUCAACCAAGCAGCUUAAUCUGAAUAUAUCAGAACCCUUAAUUGAGGCUAUCAUCAGACUUAGCAAGAUGAUUACUGAUUCUCUUGAUCCAAGUAAUGGUGGUGGUCUUCGAGAAGAUCCUGGAAUCUUGAGAUUAAGCCAUGAUGAUGUGCGCACCAGAAGAUAUGCACCAUACAUUCUCUCGAAUGACACAUCGUUGCCCUUUAGAUUCAAGGUGUACCGUGGUGCUGUUAAUUCAGAUGACAUUGACAGUUUCUCUGUAAUAGAUGAAAACUAUGUGCCAGCAGGGUAUGCUGUCCCAAUAUACGUCGAGGAAACUCUUGAUGAAUUCUUCUUCCAACACAGAGAAGCACGAUCUUCUGAACAUCUCAUUGAGAAACGGAUGAGUGCUGUAUCACACUAUAUGAUCUCUAUUGAGUUUGAUGGAACGUCAGGGCCUUCAAAGCCAAUGUCAAUGGACCUUGUGGGUAUUUACUUCUUUGAAGUAAACUUCUCUUCAAGUAAAAAGCCAAUUUUCGGUGAAGAAAGUUUAGGGGCAUUUUCGUCUAAUAGAAAGGGCAGCAAUGGGUUAAUUGUGCCUGUGGUGCUCGAUGUUUCCUUGCAGAAUUACAGCAAGCGUAUACGAGUUUACUCGACGGUAAUACUAUACAAUGCGACAUCAAUGCCCCUCGAAUUGAGAUUUGAUAUACCAUUUGGUGUUUCUUCAAAGGUAAUAGGGCCCAUUCCUCCGAACAAAGAGAUUCCACUACCGGUUCAUUUGUCUGAAGCUGGCCAGAUUAGGUGGCAUCCUGUUGGCAGAACAUAUUUGUGGAGUGAAACCCACUCGCUAUCAAGUUUGCUUUUACGUGAAAGCAGGGUUGGGUUCAUGAAAUCAUCUGUUUGCUAUCCUUCUCACCCUAGUAAUGAUCCAUUCCGUUGCUGCGUAUCUGUUGAAGAAUACAAUGUCCCUUCAUCUAUUAGUACCCGGAAAGGCCAGUUCUGCACUGAACGUUUGAACGCACAACCAGUUCCUGGAAGUUCUCCAAAUAAUACUAAGCAGAGUUUGACAAGGACACAUUUUAUACGACAUGUCAGGCUUAAUACACCACUUCUCAUAAAGAACUAUCUCCCUGUGUGCAUUUCUUUGACAAUAGACAAUGGUGGGUCUGCACGUGUAGUUUCGCUAAAGGAGGUAGCCUCUGCCUCUAUUUUUUCUGUCGAUCCCUCCAACGAUCUUGGAAUUACAAUUGAUAUUCAAGAUUAUAGGUCCUUGGCCAUAAAGUUUCCCAGGGGUGAAUCAUUCUCUACUGCAGCCAAGUCAAAUGGCUUCAAAUUCUCCACAACAGAGACAAUUACUUUCUACUCGAAUUUGUCGAAUUCUCCUCUUAAUGUUAUGCUGGAGAAAUCAAUGGAUGCUCGUUCUGGCGCAAGAGAGUUGUAUCUUUCUGUUCCAUUUUUGUUGUACAAUUGCACGGAUCUAUUGCUUACUGUCACUGAAAGCAGCUACGAGAGAACUGGAUCCACCCUUGUGAUUCCUCCUAGUUUUGAGUUGGAUGGACAUGCAAGGCAUUUGCUUGAAAAAAAUGGUCUUUCUCUUGUUGAUCCAUCCGUACAGCGCUUUGUAGGCAAAAUGCCCCAAUUAGUUUUGAUGGAUGGAUCUUCUUCAGAGAUAAGUUGUACCAAUAACAGUGAGCCUGUAAAGAAAGAACUUGACAAAGAGGUAAAAGCUUAUAUGUUUGCUCCUGAUGGACACACUCCAGCAACUGAACUUUCGGUUAAGUUGAAUGCAACUCCACCCAAUAACGGAACUGAAACAACUCGGCGAGAUUGGUCAAACCCAUUCCUCCUUGUCCCUGGCAGUGGUUCAACAAAUGUUACUAUUCCUCAGUCAUCUACGUCUGCUGCCUUUUUAAUUGCAGUGGCAUCUAUACCUGUUUCGACCGAACUUUUUGGAAGGACAAGGGCUAUUGCUUUCAGGCCAAGGUAUGUGAUAUGUAAUGCAUGCAGCAACGAUUUGUUCUUUCGACAAAAAGGAACAAGGUUUUCUAAGCACUUAAGUUCUGGGCAGCACUCUUUCCUUCACUGGUCUGAUACAGCAAGAGAGUUGCUGGUCUCUGUUCGAUUUGAUGGGCCAGGAUGGCAAUGGUCGGGAAGUUUUUUCCCUGAUCACCUGGGAGAUGCUCAACUGAAAGUGAGGAAUAGUGCCUCAGGUGUAUCAUAUAUGGUUAGAGUUGAAGUACAAAAUGCUGAUCUAGACGUACACUGCAAGAAAUUUUCUGGAAGAAAUAAUAUCAAUACUGGUACAGUACUGAUUCUGCUUUCCGAUGACAAGACUGGUUUUGUACCUUACAGGAUCGACAAUUUUUCGAUGGAGAAAUUGCGGAUAUAUCAGCAGAGAUGUGAAUCUAUUGAAACAAUUGUUUAUCCCUACACAUCAUGUCAAUACGCUUGGGAUGAGCCUUGUUAUCCUCAUCGCCUUACUGUUGAGAUUCCUGGAGAACGAAGUUUGGGUACAUUCAAUCUGGAUAUUCUCGGUGAUGAUGUUCAUGUGUCACUACCAUCCACAUCCGAGAAAUCUGAAAGGAAAUUCUGCAUUUCAGUACAUGCGGAAGGAGCGAUUAAGGUGCUAAGUGUUAUUGAUUCAAAUUGUCACAAUACGGAAACAAAAGAAAAGGAUUUUCUGGCAUCAAAGGAACCUAAAGUUGCUGAUCAGAAACUGGAGCUUGAGAUGAACUUUGCUGAAGUUAUCAACAUACACAUACCAUUCAUCGGGAUAUCUUUAAUAAGCGCUUCUCCCCAGGAAUUGUUGUUUGCUUCUGCCAAGGAGAUGACAAUUGUUGCGAUGCAGAGUUUAGAUCAGCAGCGAUUUACAGUUGAAAUACAAUCUAUGCAAAUCGAUAAUCAGUUCCCUGAUAGCCCACACCCUGUCAUGUUGUCAUUCGAGGGCAGUCAGAAGGGAAAAUCCAUGAAUAUUUUUAAGAGUAAAGAUAUUAAGCUGAGAUCAGCAAGUGACACUCUUUCCAGUACCACAGAACCUGUGCUGCGGUUUGCUGCAGCUAAAUGGAGAACCAGAGAUUUAUCAUUUGUUUCCUACCAAUGUAUAAACAUAAGUGUAGCACCUGUUCGCCUUGAACUUGAAGAACGGCUUGUAUUGAGCAUGAUUGAAUUUUUUAGAUCUGUUUCCUCUAGAAUAAAUCUUGGACACCUCGAGAAAAGUCUUGAGUUAAGUAUUUUAGGUGGUGCUACAGAUCUGUUAAGAGAAUAUGAAAAGAUCUCAAAGCACUUAUCAGACAAGUCCCUACUGCAAGACAGUGAAUUGUUGCCUUCUGUUGAUCCAAUUGGUGCUCCAUGGCAACAGAUACACCUAUUAGCGAGAAAGCAGAAAAAGGUGUACAUUGAAUUAUUUCAGUUGACUCCUGUCAAGUUGACUUUCAGUUUUACAAGCACACCGUGGAUCAAUAGGAAUGAAUGUGGUUCAGAUCCCAGCACAGGUUUCAACAACACUACCGCGAUCCAGAGAGGUCUCAUGGCCCUCUUAGAUGUUGAAGGAGUACCAGUUCACCUUGGAGAAAUAAUGGUGGAAAAUCUUAUGGCCAGCUGGCAAUCUGUUCAGGACAUUCUUGUGAGGCAUUAUAGCAGGCAAAUCCUCCAUGAACUUUACAAGGUUCUUGGUUCUGCUGGCGUUAUAGGAAAUCCUAUGGGUUUUGCUAGAAAUGUUGGGUUUGGUUUAAAGGACUUUAUAUCCGCCUCAAGAAAAGGGAAAUUGCAGAGUCCAGUUGAACUAUUAAGCGGUUUAGCACAAGGUUCAAAAACUCUUAUUGGAAGUACAGUUUAUGCAGUCAGCAGCGCCACUUCUCACUUCAGUAAAACUGCUUAUAAGGGCCUUGUUGCCUUUACAUAUGAUGAGCAAGCUGCUUCAAAAAUGGAAGAACGGGAAAGACAGCUAGGUUUGCAUGGGGAAGGAGUACUGAAUGGGAUUUUAGAGGGUCUGACUGGGCUCCUCCAAUCACCAAUCAGGGGUGCUGAGAAACAUGGUCUUCCCGGGGUCAUCUCAGGUUUAGCAAUGGGAACCGCUGGGCUUGUGGCGCGGCCUAUGGCUAGCAUUCUUGAAGCCACAGGCAGAACUGCCCAAAGUAUAAGAAACAGAAGCAACCCUCAUGAAUCCAACCGCUUACGUAUUCGUUUCCCCAGGCCUGUUGCCAGAGAUCGUCCUUUGUUUCCGUACUCCUGGGAAGAAGCCAUUGGCAUAUCAUUGCUUGCCCGAGCUGAUGGUGGUAGGCUAAAGGAGGAGACAUUUGUCAUGUGCAAAACACUCGAGGAGCCUGGGAAGUUCCUUGUGCUGACCGAGAAACUGCUUUUGCUAGUCUCAAGCCCAUAUUUAGUGGAUCUAGGGUCACCUCAGUUUGUUGGUGUUCCUCCUGACCCUCAGUGGUCAAUUGACACGGAGAUGCACCUCAAGAGCGUUGUUCAUCUGGACAGGUCUCUGGAGGUUGUGAAUAUUGUUGGGAGCAAUGGAGAGACUUCACCAAGGGACAAAAGAGGUGUCACGAGAAACAGGGUUCCGAGCUCGGCGUUCGUCCCCCUGUUUCACCUCAGCAUCAAGCUGCCAAAUGUUGAGGAUGCAGAAGGGACGCUGCAGGUCCUACAGGCUCUCAUCGAGAAGGGGAGGGCGCGGAGGUGGGAUAAGAACAUCCUACACCGAAGCAACAUCAGUUGAGGUCUUUAUGAUCAAGCGAUUUGUACAGUUUAUGGUCAGCCAGAUGCCAACAUACAUUGAGCUAGACAGCUAGCGUGAUCUUGCAAGUAACCCAGUGUUUCAUAGGUGAUCCACCGCGGCGCAGCUGGGCGUGCUCCGGUUUUUUGCAGGCUAGGUGUACACAUGUAGCUAUAGAAAAUUUUGUCGACGGCUCUUUUGAAUGAAGGGUGAGGGGGUGGGGGACGUAUGUGUAGCAACAUAAUUGUAAAGAUUUUGUGCGUGCAAAUGUCAUCAUGCUUUUCGCUGGUCUCUUCUCCUUCAGUAUGUGUUUGUAUAUGCAUUUAGUCUUUGCACACAGAAGGCACUUCCAGAGUU